UGAUGUGAGUUCGUGAGUGAACAUGUCGCCGGUGCGAGAGGUUUUGCGUGAUUCCAGCGGUGAUUCUGGAUCAGAAUCCGACAAUGCCUCGGCCUCUUCGAGAUCGAGUCGCAGCGGCAGCCCGACGUCGCAGGCCCCGGUACAGGUGUCAAACAACACCAGGAGCGAGCAGAACUCUGAGGAUGAAAACGGAGCGCGUUCCGUCGUGUCCAACGCCAGCGGCAGAUCCUCGAGGUCCAGCAGCCAGACAAUCGAGUCGAACAAAUUGGACGGCAGUCGCAAGUCGGAGAGUCCGUCGCCGCAGAGAUCAGGAUCCAGGCGUUCCAGCGUCGGCUCUGUUCAGAGUGAAAAAUCCGGCUCUCGCCGAUCCAGGAGUGCCACUCCGAAGUCAGUAGCCUCCAACAGCUCGGAGUCUCAGAAAUCUCCCAGAUCACACUCGCAGUCUCCGCGCGGAAGUGUGCGUUCAACGAGUUCAAAAUCACCCGUCAGUCCAAGAUCCGUGCAGUCGGAAGCAAGGUCGCAAGAGAGGAAAUCGAAGACUCCAGCUUCGCCUGCGUCCAACGGCUCUGGUUACGACUCACCGAAAAGUCGUAGGUCCAGGAGUGUCUCUUCUCAGAGAAGCAACAAGUCGGCGGGCUCGGCGAGUCAGCAUUCCCCGGCAGAAAGACGCUCGAAGUCUCCCGCGUCUCCUGGAAAUGUCAAGUCGUUCGACGAGUCUGCUGAGGGAGUGAACUCGGAGAAAUCGGAUACCAAAAGAUCGCAAUCAAAAAGUCCCAAGGAUGACAAAAGCGAUAAUGAGUCGAACAGGUCUUUCAAACAGACUGAUAAUAAUCGGAGUCCAAGGUCCGACGAGAGCGACAACGAAGCACGAUCGAGAGUCAAACGAAAGAGCAGCGGAUCCGGCUCGGAGACGGAGGAAAUGAAUCAGAAACGAUCUAAGAUAAUAGACUCAGAUUCCGAGAAUGAGGCGGCGGAUAAGGAAAAUAGCAUUGCUCCGACCGCGGACGCGUUGUUCGGCGAUGCGAGUGACAUUAGUACGGACGACGAGAAAGACAAAAGGGAAGAGGAAGAGAAGGAGAACGAAAGGGAUCAUAGGGAGAGCAGAAGUAAGAGCAAAAGCCGUAGCAGAAGCAGAAGUAGAAGUAGAAGUCUCAGUCAGGGGAGAUCCGAAAGCGGCGGAGAGGGUCCGAGCCAUCGGGCUCUUAUUGAAGAUGACGAAGAUAAAGAUAAAGAAGAAGAGCCGGAGCCACCACCGGAGACUAGAAUUGACGUGGAAAUACCAAAAAUCACCACCGACCUUGGACGUGAGAUUCAUUUUGUAAAGUUACCGAACUUCUUGUCCGUCGAGACAAGACCGUUCGAUCACGAGACUUAUGAGGAUGAAAUCGAUGAGGAAGAAACUCUGGACGAGGAGGGCCGGGCUCGUCUGAAGCUCAAAGUUGAAAACACACUGAGAUGGAAGGAGACGUUCAACGAUGAGGGCAAAGUAGUGAAAGAGAGUAACGCGAGAUUCGUCAAGUGGUCGGACGGUAGCAUGUCGUUGCAUCUGGGCUCGGAAAUCUUCGACGUGUACAAACAACCCUUACAGGGCGACCAUAAUCACCUCUACAUUCGCCAAGGUACCGGUCUGCAAGGUCAGGCGGUGUUCAGAACGAAGUUAACUUUCAGACCGCAUUCUACGGAGUCGUUCACGCAUAGGAAGAUGACCAUGUCGUUGGCCGACAGAUCACAAAAAACUUCCGGCAUCAAGGUUCUUUCUCAAGUCGGAAUGAACCCGGAUCAGAACAGAUACGAGAUGAUGAAGAAAGAAGAAGAGAAACUACGCAUGGCCAUGCGAGUCCAGAGCAAAACGAAGAAGAGCAUCGGAGGUACCAGGAAUACUGGCCGUGCUGCAGGAGCAUAUAGCGGCGAUCCUUAUCAUGACGACGGCUCCGACGAUGAGGGUGCGAUUUCGUUAGCAGCCAUAAAGAAUAAAUAUAAAAAAGGAGCCGCCGCGAUUGCUGCUAAAGCAGCCUCGAAUAUAUAUUCUUCGGAUGAGGAGGGAUCGGACUUUGAGACACUUAGGCCUAAGAAGAACUUCAAAGGGAAGGUACUUAAAGAUUCGGACGAGGAAUCCAACUCAGAAAGUUCCUCCGAGAGCGGCGGAGACGACAAUCAGGUUGAAAACGCAAGCGAUUGAAAUGUACAUAUAUAUAUAAAUAUAUAUAUAGAUGUUUAUAUCUUGAAAGAAAAAAAUCAAUGUUCGCUAAUACAUAGAUAUAAUAAGGAUAAAUAAAUAAAGCAAAAGAAGAGGA